AUGAGUAUCCUCAUCACCGGCGCCACUGGCAAACAAGGCGGCGCCGUCGCCCGCCACCUGCUCGCGCGCAAUGACAUGCAAGUCCACGCGCUCGUCCGCAGCGCCUCCAGCUCUGCCGCACUCGAUCUCCGCGCCCUCGGAGCCAACCUAAUCGAAGGGUCCUUCGACGACGCAGCGUCUCUCCAACUGGCCUGCCAGAACAAAACCGCCGUGUUCCUGAACGUCACGCCGUCGUUCCGCAACGACGGCGCAGAAGUCCGCCACGCGACUAACGUCCUACUCGCUGCCCGCGCCGCCGCCACCGUCACCACCCUCGUCUACCCCAGCGUCUCCGGCAUCGAUCAGCACGAGAGCUUCCCCGCCUGGACGACCUGGGCUGACGAUCACCCCCUGAAGGCGUUCUUUCGCGACAAAGCCGCCAUCGAAGAGAUGGUUCGGGAGGCCGGGUUCGCGAACUGGGUUAUCUUGCGUCCGCCGGUGUUUAUGACGAAUUACCUGAGUCCGACGGUGGAGGGGUACUUCCCUGAGCUGGUGUCGGGGGUCUUCCGGACGGCGCUGGGGCCGGGGAAGCGCACGAUGCUGAUCAGUCCGGAUGACAUUGGGCAGAUUGCGGCGGCGGCGAUCGCGGAGCCGCGGCGGUUCUCGGGGCGGGCGAUUGAUAUCGGGGCGGAGGCGUUGACGGCCGAGGAGGUGGCGGGGGCGUUGGCGGAGGUCGGUGGGAGGGAGAUCCGUGUGGAGUAUAUUCCCGACGACGAGGCGAGGGAAUUGGCGAAGACGAAUAUGCUGAUCGAUGUCCAGCGGUGGUAUUGGGAGCGACAGGCGGGGUUUGAUCCGAAGCAGGUGGCGGAGGAAUUUGGGCUGAGGUUCACUAGUUUUAGGGACUUUCUGAGGGCGAAUGAGGCGUUGCUGAAGUAG